AUGGGGAAGACAGGCAGCAAAGUGCUGAGAGAGACAUCUUUGGAUGGAGUUCAGCCACAGCAGUGCAUGUUUCAGCCUGCCCCUGCUGCUGCUAUUGAGGGGCUCACCAAGACCAAGAAGAUGAAGGUGAAAUGGACUCAGUUGGGCAUGGUGUUCUUCCUGUUGCUCUCUCUGGUCAUGACAGGAUGUUUCCUCUGGCAGUACCAGCUGCCAAAGUUACUGCCAGAUGAAGGCAUGGGAGGCAAUGCCAAAUCAGAACGGAUGUGCCCACGCUUCCCUGAGCCUCUCCCCCUGGAACACCCUAUCCCUACCCUGAAAGAGGCACUAGAAAAGGUGGACACACUGCUGCGCCAGAGUGUCAACCCUGCCAGUCUUCCCUCUUUGUCGGCCAUUGUGAUUUUCAAUGACACCGUUCUGUGGACUGGUAACUUUGGCAAGAGGAAUGGAAGUGACCCACUAUCAGCUCCACCCAAUGAAUACACCAUCUAUAGGAUUGCCAGCCUUUCAAAGAUCUUCCCAACGCUGAUGCUGUACAGGCUGUGGGAGGAUGGGAAGAUUGCCUCUCUGGAUGACCCACUUGAGAAAUAUGUGGAGAACUUCACCAUUAAAAACCCUCUGGGCAAGUCACGGGACUCUGAGCUCAAGUACGUAACAGACGGUCUGAUCUUUCUGGACAGUGGAGAGGUUCAGAUCCGCUCCUCCUCUGUCACCCUGCGCAGGAUGGCCAGCCAGCUCUCAGGUCUACCCAGAAGACUUAGAGCCACUAACCUGCUAUGGAAGGGGAAAACACAGGCUGCAGUGAAUCUGCUGCAAGACGAUGUCCUCGUUGCAGACCCUGGCACCAAAUGCCACUACAGUAACCUAGCCUUCUCCUUAUUGGCCCACGUCAUGGCUGAGAAGGUGGUGGGCAUGGACUACCAGCGCUGGAUCAAUGAUAACAUCCUGGACCGGCUGGGGAUGGAGGAUACAGGCUUCGACAUCACCCCAGGGAUCCACAGCCAGAUGGCUGUGGGCGUCUACUCCAGUGGCCAGCCAGCCCCUCUGUAUGACCUGGGUUGGUACCGCCCCUCAGGCCAGAUGUUCUCCACUGCCGCUGACCUUGCCAAGCUGGCUAUGAUGCUGUUGGGGGCCUACCAUCGCAAGCUCCUGGAGCCUGACACCCUGAAAAUCAUGCUGACCCCUCUGUUCCGCUGUGAUAAGGACUACUUUGCCAAUCGCACCGGCACACCAUGGGAGGUGAAUGAGCAGUUGGGCUACGAGGUGGUGCGUAAAGAUGGAGACCUAGACGGCUACUCAGCCACCUUCUCACUUGUGCCCAGGCUCAAGCUGGGCCUGGUAGUGCUGAUGGCUGGCACCAGACCUCAGAAGCAGGAUGUGUUGGCCAAGGCUUACAGCCACAUAAUACCCGCUAUGGAGAGGGCUUUCCGGGAGUCCAAGAAGAUUCUCAUCCCUCCCCCUAAUCCAGACCCUUACAUAGGCUUCUUCACCUACGGAAACAUCACUUUCUAUGAGAUCAAAGCUGGGGCAGACGGAGUUCUGAUCAUGCAGCAGUUUGGUCCCCAGAUUGAGGACCUGAUCCCAGAGAGAUAUCGGACAAUAAAGCUCAACUACCUGGUGGACAGGGUGUUUAGGGUGGUGUUUGAGAAAGAGUACCCUUGUGUCUUGCGGGUCAGCACCGCGUCUGUCUCCCUUGAGGCCCAAGACGGGCAGCUCUUUAACUUUUAUGUGUUUGACAAGCGAGGUCUGUCCCCUGGCUUUGAUGCACCAGGACUGAAUACAUACAAUGUGGUCAGGAUAGCCCAUAGGCCGACUUUCUCGAACUAA